CCUGGGUUCCCACCCACCAGACCCAACCCACCACCACACCACACCCCAUCACCACCCCAAGGGGAGGGUAGGGUUAGCCCAUCCCUCGUUCUCUUCCUCCCUCCCCUCGCCUCACCUCAGCCCCCCAAGAAGCUGAGAAGAGCUGCGCAGCCGCCAUACAGCAACGUCGCAGCCGACGAGCCCCCCCCCCCCCCCCCCCCCCCCCUCCCCCUCCCCGCACGCCGUCGACCAGGUUGUUACCCGCCACUUAACCCGCCCGCCAUCGCCAGCCAGUGAGUGCUACUACUUCAACUGCUGCGGGGGCCGGGGAUGAAGAAGCUGUACCAGGGGAAGGGCCGGCGGGUGCACCCGGCGCCGGCGCCGGGGCCGGACGCGCCCGCGGUGGCGCUCGCCAUGCUGCCCGCCACCCUGCUGGCGCUCGUGGCCGCGCUCACCGCCGAGGAGCAGGAGGUGCUCGCCUACCUGCUCUCUGGAGGAGCUGGCGGCGCGGCGGCGGGUGCUGGCGGGGGCCGGCGCAGGCGGCUCAACGGGCCGCACCAGCCGGAGAUGGGCUGCGGCUGCUUCGGCUGCUACAAGAGCUUCUGGGCCCGCUGGGACGCCUCCCCCAACCGCCACCUCAUCCACCGCAUCAUCGACGCCGUCGAGGAGGGCAACGGCGGCGGAGGCGAGGGGGCAGCCAAAGGAGCUGGAGGACCAGGCGGCGCCACGCGCCGCGGCCACCGCCGCCGCCGCCGUGGCCGCAGCGGGCCGUGCGCCAUCGACGCCGCCGCCGAGGAGCACGGAGCCGCGGAGGCUCAGGCCGGGUGCGCGGAUGACCACCUGCAACCGCAAGGCUGCUGCGCGUCGGACGGCGGCGAGGACGGCGACUACGAGGGCGACGAGGACGACGGCGCGGACAGCCUCUACGGCGGCGAGGAGGCCCUGACGGACGACAGCGACUGCGCGGGCGCCAGCAACUCGGCCGAGAAGAGCGCCGUGGGCAAGCUGGUGCGCUUCAUCGGCGAGAAGGUGUGGGCCGCCUGGACCUGACCUCCUCUGCCGCCGCCGCUAGAACUUGUCGUAGAUUAGGGAGGAAGGAGACCAGCAAGGUCAGUGAAAGCAGUAGUAGUAGUAGCAGUUCGGUCGUUUUGUCCAAGCAAGCAAGAGCACCCGCUCUAUGCACCUUUUGAUUUCUUGCAACUCUGAUGAACGAGCAACCCCGAGGCUCCGGGUGGGGAUUGUGAAGGUCCAAUCCGACCAAAAUCUCCCCACAUCCAGGCCUCUCAUGUACCAUAUUUUUGCUCAUUUGGUUCAACAAGAAACUUUCCCCA